GCGGGAUUCGGGGCUCCCGGCAGGCGCGCCGAUGGCGUUUCUAAGGUGACGCUGCGCACAGCGACUUGCUCCGAGGGCGGAGGAAACACCUAUGAUCCCGUCGACGACCUUCAUCGUCGGGCGCCAGAACAUCGGGUCAGAAGUUGAGAUUUCCACCAUCGAGAAGCAACGGAAAGAGCUGCAGCUGCUCAUUGGAGAGUUAAAAGACCGCGAUAAGGAGCUCAAUGAUAUGGUCGCGGUACACCAGAGACAGCUUCUUUCAUGGGAAGACGAUCGGCAGAAAGUGUUGACUUUGGAAGAGCGCUGCAGCAAAUUAGAAGGUGAACUGCACAAAAGAACUGAAAUCAUCAGGUCCCUCACAAAGAAGGUAAAAACCCUUGAGUCUAAUCAAACCGAAUGCCAAACAGCUCUUCAGAAGACUCAACUACAGCUGCAGGAAAUGGCUCAAAAGGCAACCCAUUCCUCUCUCCUCUCUGAAGACCUUGAGGCUAGAAACGCAAAUCUCAGCAACACGUUAGUGGAACUUUCUGCUCAAGUAGGACAGUUACAAGCUCGAGAACAGGCUCUCACUACGAUGAUAAAGCUAAAGGACAAAGACAUUAUCGAGGCAGUCAAUCACAUUGCAGACUGUUCGGGUAAAUUUAAAUUGUUGGAGCACGCCCUACGCGAUGCCAAGAUGGUGGAGACUUGUAUUGUGAAAGAAAAGCAAGAUUAUAAGCAGAAAUUGAAGACACUGAAGGUUGAAAUCAAUAAACUGAAAGAGGAUCUAAAUGAAAAGACAACAGAAAAUAAUGAACAACGAGAAGAGAUCAUUCGCCUCAAGCAAGAGAAAAGUUGCCUGCAUGAUGAAUUGGUUUUUACUGCAGAGAGAGAAAAAAGGAAAGAUGAGCUACUUGAUAUUGCAAAGUCAAAGCAAGAACGUAUAAACGCAGAACUGCAUAAUCUGAGACAGAUUUAUGUAAAACAACAGAGUGAUCUGCAGUUUCUGAAUUUCAAUGUGGAAAAUUCUCAGGAAUUAAUACAGAUAUAUGACUCAAAGAUGGAGGAAUCAAAGGCCCUGGAAUCCAGCAGAGACCUGUAUUUAUCAGACCUUGAAAAUGACUACCCCAAAGUCGAUAUUAAGAGGGAGAAAAACCUGAAGUCACUGGUAAAGGACCAAAAAUUUGAGACCAUGUUGGUUCAGCAAAAUUGGGCCGACAAGAGCUCUUGUGAUGUGUGCAGAGAGAAGAAGCUACAGGUUAAUACUUCGUUUGGGGAGAAAAGUGUAAUUGCUGUCUCAUCUCUGUGUAUGAAAGACUUAAUGGAGAACCAGAAGUCCUGGUCUUUGGGAGGAAAACUGCAGAUGGAACCCGAAAACAAAAGUACAUUGUGCAGCAUUCAUGGAAAAUCACCAAAAGGUAAUGGGAUUGGGAUUCAGAACGAAGAGAAACAGCUCUCGGAAACCACAGCUUUGUCGGAUGAAAAGCAGUGGCACGAUGUCAAUGUUUACCUGGGCCUGAGCAACUGCUCUGGUUCAAAACAACCAGAAAAGCUGGACGUUGAAUGUCAAGAUCACGUGGGAAGAUCUGGAGUCUCGUGUUGCCAUAAAAAUGAAGGCUGUCUGGGGGAAAGCCACCUGUGUGAAUCGCAGUGUUGCCAGCCGAGUAACUUCAUCAUCGAGGCCCCAGGCCAGAUGUCUGACUUCGAGUGGAUGAGCAUUUUCAAGCCUUCUAAACUGCAGAGAGUCGUUCGCCACAAGUCGGUGUGCACUUGUUCAGAAAGCACCAGUGGCACGAAAUACAACUCCAUGAGUGAGCUGAUUGCCAUCCAGCAUUCCCACUGUUUGGGGUCUUCAAAACCUGCCUUGAGAGAGGGUGAGAAGUUGGUGGACACAGAGUCCUCUUCUGAUAAAAAGAACUCAUCGAAGUUUCUGUCAGUCAACAAAGAUGCAGCAUUGCCCACUGAAAAGGAUGAAUUUUCCCCCACAAGUAAGCUCCAGCGAUUGCUGGCCGAGUCUCGUCAGAUGGUGACGGAUCUGGAGCUGAGUACCCUGCUCCCAGUCAGCUCUGAGAAUCUCAACAGCAGUGCCAAAAAUAAUGUAGAAGUACCAGAAGAGCCAGCUCAGAAAAAUGCCUCUGUCAGUAAUUGAAGAAAACGAAAAAGUCAACUUCAAUAUUCAGCGUUCAUAGGAGCCCAUUUCUCAUCUACAUGGAAGGCAGGAAGCAGACAUCAAUACCUAAUACUUAACCUUGGAAACAAAAAGAGGAUUGUAAUCCUUUGUAAGCAACAUUUAAUACCAAAGGGGAGCAGAAACUGAAAGUUAAUUUUUAAACAUCUAUAUUUUGUUUCUUUUCAAGUUAACCACUUGCACGUGUAAGCAGUAUUUUUCAUGUGUAAGAAAUUAGGCCUUAUUCUCUAUUGUGUAUAUCCAAACUUGUAAUUAUGCUGAGAGAGAAAAAGAUUUCCCUGGAAAGAUGCAGACUACUACAGAUUAAAUACUGGAGAAGCUCUUUAAAAGUCAAUAUCAAAGAGAGAACCCUUACAUACAAAAUGCUAUUUUAACUAUCUGAUUUUUUUUAAACCUAUGCAUGCAUUAUUUAAAUGAUAACCAGUAGCUUAUCAGAGUCAGCUCCAAAUCUAUGAGAAAUAGUAUUCUCGCCUCUUGAGGUUUUAGCCCUGGAUUUUGCUGUGCAAACAGACAUAAAACGAUCUGAUAGAAAAUAUUUUUAACUGGAAAUUAUCUCCUCUGUUCCUGACAAUGGAGGUCCUUCUGUCCCAAUGCUGAGCAGAGCCCCAUCCUGUCUGGUUCUCUAGCCCCAUCCGUGUAUACAAACAACAGUUUGCUGGAAGAUCAAGUUUUAUAUGCAUUUUAAAAAACGAUUAAACUAAAACACUCCCAUUUUAGCUUGUAAUUUAAUUUUUAAAAGAAUAUACUAUGUGCCUAUCUGUCCUUUAAGAGAAUUGAUC